AUGAAUGUCGUUGUAUGCUCCGGAGGAACUGCCACAAACUCGAUCACACCUUGCUUUUCAAACAUUUCAAUCUCUAAAGGGCACGAGCUAACUUAUAUUUUGCCUAUAUCAGAUAAUGGUGGGUCCACAAGUGAGAUUUUACGAAUAGUUGGUGGGCCCGCAAUUGGUGACAUUAGAUCCAGAAUAGUGAGGCUUCUUCAAGAUGAACAGCUCGUUAAGCUAUUCGGAUAUAGGCUACCUAAUGACAAAAUGCAAGCGAAAAAAGAAUGGAAUGAAAUAGUAGAAGGAUCACAUCCUAUAUGGAAAAGCAUUUCUAUAGAAGUCAAAGAGAUGUGUCGCUCUUUUAUUAUUCACAUGCAAGCAGAACUGUUGAAAAAGAUCAAACACUCAAACCCGUUUCAAUUCGAGAGUGCAUCCAUCGGGAAUUUCUUCUUAACGGGCGCUAGAUUGUUUUUGGGAUCCCUUGAUGCGUCCAUUGAACUGAUGAUGAGAAUUGGGAGGUGUAGUCCUCUAGUCCACGUCGUCCCAUGCAUAAAUACCAACCACACGCAUCAUAUUUCAGCUUUAUUGACCAACGGUGAUAUGAUAACUGGCCAAUCACAAAUAUCGCACCCUUCAGCAUCUGUACCAAAGGCAAACGACAUAGCGCAUUCCGCUAAAUUUGUCCAUCUACUUGGUUCUUACGAUGAUCAUUUGAAAAUUCUCUUGGAAGACGAAGACGAAGAAGAGGCUGAAGAAGAGUAUGCCAACCCAAUCUAUAUUCUUCCAGAACUAAAGAACUCGCAGUUACAUUUCGAUAAGAUUGACGGAUCUCAAAAUUUACCUGCCCCGGUAAACAGAAUUCUAUACAUUAAUCCAUACGGAGAAGAGAUUAAACCAAUGGGAAAUCCCAGAGCUAUUUCUAAAGUGAAAAAAGCAGAUAUGGUCGUUUACUCUAUCGGUUCUUUAAUGACAAGUCUACUGCCAAUCCUCAUUCUUGGUAAUCUUGCCGAGGUAAUCUUGGAAUCUACCAGUACAAAAAAAGUUUUGCUUAUGAAUAAUAAAUAUGAUAGAGAGGUAUCCGGUCUAGAUGGUUCACAUUAUGUCCAAAUAAUCAUCGAUUCCAUGACCAGAGCAAUAAGAGGUUAUAGACAAUCUAAGGGUAAUUAUUUAGAGAAUACGAACUUUGAGUGGCAAGACUUUAUUACAGAUAUCGUUUAUCUGAAAAACGGUGAAAUUAAAAUUGAUGAAACAACGUUCAAAGAGCAUAAUAUUAGAUGCCACCAAAUUUCUUCUUCUGAUAAGAUGGAAAGUGAAGAACUUGAAAAGGUUCUAAACGAAAUUGGCUCUAAAAACUGA